AUGAAUAUAAAGAGACUCAGUCGUAAACCAAAGAUUAUAUAAGAACUAAUUAAGCUACAACAACCAUAGAUUUAAUAUGUUUCUGCUGUAUCUAAUCAUGAUAAUUCUAGUAUAUUCCUGAACCUAUUCCAAUACCAGAAGCAAUUAAAUAAAUUGAUAAGAAAAUAUAAGCAUAUAAAAGAGUAAUGGAAUUGUAAUAAAAAAAAUAAAAAGAAUUAUAGGAAUAAUAAAGAUAUACAGAAGAAGGAUCUGUAUAAAAACAUUUUGUUGAUUUUUUUACUAAUCCUAAUAUAUAAUUAAAAAAUUAUUAAGAAGAUGAUAAUGAAUAAAAUUAAAUAUCAGUUUAAAAAAGUUGUGAUGAGAUUCAAAUAAAUUAAUUAUUAGAAAAUAAAAAGCUACCAAGAUAAUAAUAUUAUUCUGAAGCUGUAAAAAAUAGAGAUCAUUUAUAUGAUAAUAUGAUUGAACGUCUUUAUGCAAAAAGAUAAAAUCCAGCUAUGUUUGCAGUAAUAAAUGCCAACUAUUCAACAUUAGAAAUUAAAGAAGAAACCUCCUGUUUUAAAUAUUACAUCAAAGAAUAAAAUUUAAUCAGGAAGUGGAAGGAUGGAUAUAGAAGAACAUAAAUUGAGAAUUUAUAAUAGAGAAAAUGUUCCUACUAUGCCUGAAUUAAUAAUUCCAACUUUUAUGAUAAAGAAAGAUUCAAUUGCAAAAAAUAUUCUAGCAUAUCUAGUAUAUUUGUUUACAUUUAACUUUUAGAAAGAUUAUUCACCUAUUUAUAGAAAAUAGAUACAUAAUGAAUAUCCAAAAUGUGUAUAAAGCAUAUUAGAAGAGAAUGAGGAUAUUAUUAAGAAUAAUAAAAAAUGA